GACUUUGAUUUUAUUCCACUCUAUCACUUCACUUCUUCUUUUCUUCAUCUUAUUUCUCAUUUUUCAUCCAGAUAAAUUCUAAAAUGUCAGAUUGUUAGCCUUUACAUGUUAGAAUUGUUGGCGAUCCUGCGAGAUAUCUCCAAAGACCCUCCCGACUCUAACGACAUUGAUUUUAAUUCGCCGGCGCCAGAGGUUCCAGUGCACGCUGCAAUGCCUCUCGGCGCCGAGACUCGCUCAAGCGCGCUAUGAAAAUCCAACGUUUGCCUAGAAAUCAUCAUGCGACUCCAGCUCCGACGAACUACUUCCAUUUGCAGCAACUUCGUAAUACCUCUCAGGAUGUUUCCAGACUCAAACUGUGUGGGGGACAGUUCACAUCAAAAUUGCUUGAGAGAAAAUGGUCAUUGCUCAACCCAGAUGCACAAAUUCAUCAAGUAAUGAUUUCUAAGAAGCAAAUACAAAAUGAAGGUGGAUCAUUUAAUAAUAUUUCCUUUUCAAACAAUACUCAUCCAUAUUUAGGUGACAAUAUGAUGAAAAAUAACAGACAGCAUCCAUCCUUUUAUGUUGUGAGGGAUGACUUGUUGCACCCUCUAGUAAAUGGCAAUAAAGCAAGAAAGCUGGAUGGAUUGCUUCCUCUCAUUGAAGAUCAUUCAGUAACUGAUGUGGUUUCAUGUGGAGGUUGUCAAAGUGCACACGCAGCAGCUCUUGCUGUUUCAUGUGCAGAGCGAGGUCUCAGGUCACAUUUGCUUCUGCGAGGAGAACAGCCUGAAAUUUUAACUGGCUACAAUCUGAUUUCCACGAUAUAUGGAAAUGUCACUUAUGUUCCAAGAUCUCUUUAUGCGAAGAGGGAGGAAAUGCUGAUGAGACAUGCUGAUAUGGUGGCUGGCAGUAGCGGUUCUGUUAUAUCAUUGAGUGAUAUUUAUGAGGCUUCCUUUACAGCUUCACCAUCUGGUAAACUGAGCUUUGUUCAAAUGGGUGCUCAUAGAAGAGUUGAAAACUGUUCAAAAAGAAUUAUAAUUGUCAAUGAAGGUGCCGGGGAUGCUGUAGGGCUACUAGGUGUCAUUCGUCUUGUGCGCUACUUAUCAAAUAAUCUUAUACUGGGGAAAGAAAGGCCUGUAAACAUUGUUGUUGAUGCGGGCACUGGGACAACAGCUGUUGGUUUAGGACUUGGAGUCAUAUGUUUAGGGCUUCCAUGGAAGGUAACUGCUGUGAUGCUGGCUGAUACAAUUGAUGGGUACAAACAACAGGAGAAACGCUUGAUUUCUGACUUCAAGAGGUGUAGUGCUUCUCAUCUUAUCAGACAGGAGUUAAAUAGAGUAGAUGGCGGAAUUGUUCAUUGGGUAGAACGUAGGCAUCCAAGAAAAUUCGGCAACGUAUUGGAAGGGGAGCUGGAGGCAUGCCAAAGUAUUGCACGGCAAACUGGUGUUCUAGUUGAUCCAGUGUACACUUUAGCUGCUUGGGAACUGGCGACACUCCUUAGCCAGGAGGAAGCUAAAGAUGAUACAAAAGUGGUGAUGCUUCACACUGGUGGCACCCUUUGCAUUUUUGGACUAGCACAGAGGUACAAAUCUCUCUUCCAAAAGCUCGAAGAUGGACUGCCCAGUUAAAUCGUAAUCAACGAUUUCAUGCCAGAAUAUGAAAAAUUCGCUGGGGAUUGGGAUGACAGACUGUAACACUAGCUGUAUGAAAAAACCUUUAGGUAGUAUUUGGAAGCUUAUGUUGGAUUUGGAUUUGUGUAAAUUUAGAAAAAGUUCAAUACAAUUUUGUAUACUUUUUGCACAAAUUACACAAAUUCAAAUUCAAAAUCCAAAAUCCCUGCUCUCAAAUAUAAAACUAAAUUCUUUGCUCCAUGCAGAGCGUGGCAAAAGAAAUCUAAAUCCAAUAUGUAAGCACCCGUACUUGGAUUGCUUUUUGGAUUGAAAUUUUUUCCCUUGCUGGAUUUUCAUUUUAGAUUUUACAUUUUCUCCAUGGACUCUCGAAACUGUAAAAUGUGGAAAGUAGAAAAGAAAUAUUUGUCUGUAUGGGGCUGCUCGCAGACCAUGUAAUUUUAUAACUGAAACAUUCUUGGUCA